AUGGGCCUAGAGCAAAGUGUGCGAGGCCGCUGGCUGAAGGAGUAUCCAUUUGAAAAGCAGACGCAGGACUGGAAUCCAAACCCCGAUGAGGCACUUUUUGUGGAUAUCGGUGGCAAUGCAGGACAUUAUUAUGCUUUGUUCAAAAGUGAAUUCCCUGGUAUCCGAGGUCGUAUCGUGUUGGAAGAUUUGCCUGACACUUUGACUCAUACUCUGCCGACGCCGGGAGUUGAGAAACUGGGACACGACUUUUUCCAACCGCAGCCGAUCAAAGAAACAGGAAUUCCGCCAUAUGCCACUGCGCUGGACUUGGUUAUGCUGGGUGCAUGCGGUAGCCUAGAGCGCACCGAGGAGCAGUGGAAGGAUGUGCUUGGAGAGGUCGGCUUGGAGAUCAAGCAGGCCAUUGUAUACGACCAUGAACUCUUCCAUGGUAUCAUCUCUGCAACAGUAGCUUAG